AUGUCCAGAGCUGGGCUGGGUGAAGGAGUCCCUCCUGGCAACUACGGCUACACUGGCAGCGGGUAUAGCGCCUGUGAGGAAGAUAAAGAGAGACUCAGCGAAAGUCUGAGGAGCAAAGUCAGUGCUAUCAAAUCUCUGUCCGUUGAAAUGGACCAUGAAGUUAAACAUCAAAAUAAAUUACUAGCUGAAAUGGAUUCACAGUUUGACUCUACAACAGGGAUUCUAGGUAAAACUGUGGGAAAACUAAAAAUUUUAUCCAGAGGAAGCCAGACAAAGCUUUUGUGCUAUAUGACGCUGUUUCCAUUUUUCGUGUUUUUUUGUCAUUUAUUGGAUUAUGAAACUGAGGUGAUGCAAGUGUGAGUUUAGAAUUUAAUCCCACCUGAUGGCUUGGAUUACCACUUGGAUAAAAGUCAGCAUCCAGACAUUCAUAAUUUUCAAACACUGGACCUUUUCCA